AUGGGCAUCCAGGGUAAUUUUGUAAGAAUUUCACAGCUUCAUUACAAUGCCUAUUCCCCGAGACUUACAAAAGCCUUCAGGCGCACCACCGGCGACCUGCCCAGAACCAUUGCCCCCUCGACUGAGAAGCUGCCGCGAGAGCUUGGACCGCACGAUGUUCUCCUCAAGAUCCAUGCCGUCUCUCUCAACUUUCGUGAUGUUGGCAUGCUGAACGGGCGCUACCCGGUGGAAGUGAUCGAGCGUGGCAUUCCGGCUUCCGACGCAGCGGCUGAGGUUGCCGCUACGGGAACCGCGGUGAAGGAUCUCGCCAUCGGAGACCCCGUUUCCGUCAUUUUCGAUCUCGAAAAUCUAACUGGGGACGGUGAUGACCCGACGAAAGCACUGGGCGGCGAUCUUGACGGUGUUCUUGCCGAGUACGCCAUUUUCGAGGACAAGUACAUCGUGAAGCUGCCCAAGUAUUUGUCGUGGGAAGAGGGGUCUACCAUCGCGUGCGCCGGCGUCACAGCUUGGAGUGCGCUCGACGGCCUGAAAGCGGCGAACCCUAGAAGUGCCCUCUUGCAAGGCACGGGAGGCGUCAGUUUGUUUGCCCUGCUGAUAUGCCUUGCUGCGGGCAUCCGGCCAAUCAUCACAUCUUCAUCCGACAAGAAGCUUGAAGAUGUGCAAAAGCUCGGCUCUGAUGUCCGCGGUAUCAAUUACAAGGCUGUCUCCGACCAAGUCUCGGAAGUCAAGCGCCUUACGGACGGCAAGGGUGUCGACUAUGUGAUCAACAACACGGGGCCGGCGUCCAUUCCGGAAGAUAUCGGCUUCUUACGGCAACGGGGCGGCACUGUAUCCCUUGUUGGUUUCCUCGCCGGUGUCAACGGUGACUGGCCGCCGGCUGCUAUCAUGGCGUUGAUGUCCAAGACCGCAAAGUUGAAGGGUAUCGGCGUGGGCUCCAAGGAGGAUUUCGAGGAGCUAAACCGGUUCUUGGAAGAGAAGAAGGUAUCCCUCGCCCCGCUCAUCGACCGAGUCUUCACCUUUGACGAGUCGCCCGCCGCGUUCGACUAUCUGUACUCGAGCAGCCAUGUCGGCAAGGUUGUCAUCAAGUUUGCCCCCCGUGCCUCCUUCCUCGACCAGCCCGUAACACAGCAUUACCGUGCUCGACCCGUGCCAGGUUUAGCCGCCUGCAGCCCCACGAUUUCGGUCGAGCCUGCAGAAACACCGCGCGACUCGGCGUGGGAAACGGGGUUGCCGUCUGUGUCCAGACCACAUUCAUCCAUCCAUCAUCCAUCCAUCCACCCACUCGAUGGGAGGCCCACGGUCGAGUUGCAGCACCAGGGCCUCGGACCCAUGGCCUCGUCCGACUUGAAUCUGUGCGCCCGUGUCGAUUGUCCAUCAGUAACAGCCCCUUCAGUGUCCGGACCCUCUGGUCUCUUUGGUCCGUCGAGUUUCUGUUUCUACCACCGACCUCUGACAGGAGAGGGAGACCAGCCCUACACGACGCCCAGUAACAACUACAGCCCCGACACCCGCUAUGAGCCUUCCCCAGUAGGAGGACGCCACGGCACACCGGGUGCCUUUUUCGCCGGCGGCAGUCAGCUCUCGGAAUCAGACUACCGAGCCACGCCGCCGCCGCCGGUUGCCCCCAUGAGGGUUGCCGACACUAGCAGCAUCGGCCGGGGAGGUGGAGGGAAGCCGGUCGCCGCUUCGGCAAGUCCUGCCGUGGGCAAGGCUAAGCGGGUGCGCACGGGAUGCCUGACAUGCCGGGAGCGUCAUCUGAAAUGCGACGAGGGCGUUCCGGAGUGCAACAAUUGCCGAAAGAGCAAUCGCGAGUGCAGGCGUGGGAUACGGCUCAAUUUUAUCGACAUCCAGGUCAAGGAUCCGCCGUGUCUACUACCCCCGACCGCCGAAUGGUCAGUUCAAAUUUUGGACGAAUCCCGGUUGAUUGCUUCCGAGUAUCGAGGGGGCCUCGGACGGUAUCCUGAAGUCGUCUCCCCGCCGCCGGAGUCAGACCUGGACGCAAGCCGUCGGGAGGCGGAGCGAUUAGAGGCUCAAACCACCAGCCUUUUAUCAUCUGGGAUCGGCGGCAGCGGGGAUGCACCGACUGUCCGAGACCAAUAUCACCCCCACCAUGUCGGGCAGCCUCCGCCCAGCGGACCACCGAGCCACCACAACAGCCCGCCAGCCCGGCUAAGUCUUGAGCCUUCGUCACUCCCCACUCGGCCCACACCGAGAUCACAGAUGAGCCUUGGAGGGUUUAACGAGGAUGCCUUUACUUUCCCUUCGCUGCACGAUCCUGACGGAGGCAAGGCGCAAAAGUCGCACACCCUCAACAUCAGGAAUCGCGACGGGUUAACCACGGGACCACCACACGAAUUCCGGCCUGCCCCCCAGACGAACGCUAACCAGCAAUUCGGCACACCGACCGGACUCAUGACGCCGUCGAGCGAGAAUACGACGGGCGAGCGGGACUACCUAAGCACCGAAGAAGAGAUCCAUUUCAUGCAGGUCUUCAUCGACGAAGUGUCCAUCUGGAUGGAUGCCCUGAGCAAAGACAAGCACUUUGCCAACACGGUGCCAUAUCUAGCGCUCAAACUACCCAUGCUGCUCAACGCCUUGCUGGCUUGCGGCGCCAGGCACCUGACACUCAUCGGGCAGCACAGCGGCGAGAAGGCAGACUAUUACUACAACCUGGCGACCACCCAGCUGUUCAGCGAGCAGGCACGGGACCGCAGUCCCAGCGAGAGCGCCCUCACCGCUGUCGUGCUCACCGCCUACAAUGUCAUGACCAACCGGCCCACCGAUCGAAUGGGCCAUAUCGCCUCGACCCGCGCCCUCAUCCGCGAUUGCGGCUGGAAUGCGUCUUCGACAGGCCUCGGCGUGGCCUGUUUCUGGGUCAACGUCGGCAUGGAGGUGCUCAGCUGCAUCUCGUUCGGCUGGCAGACGGCCUGGGACCCCGAUCAAUGGGGGCUGGACCUGGAGUUUGCCACCCUCGGGUCCACAAGCCGGAGUGGCAGCCGCAGCGUGGCCGGGAGCGACGACGUCUGGGGCGGGCGAGCUGAAGGAGUCCCGGUGGCCAACGAUCAUAUUGAAACGGCUGACGAGGAGGAGCUCUACCUGCACCGCAUAUUUUACAUCAUGGCCAAGGUGGCCAACUUCCGCGCCAACACGCCGCAGUUCCAGGAGCCGUCCCCCCACGACGAGCAGGUGCGCCUGCAGAACCGCUUCGCCGAGUGGCGGCGGCUGCAGAAUAUGUGCAAUGCCUGGAAUCUGAACUGCCCGCGCCCGAUGCGGCCGUACGGAUACCUCCCCGAGGCGUCGUCCAAGUCUCUGUUUCCCAACGUGUGGUGA